UCCCUUUUAGACACAUGGGUUAGGAGGACCUCCCAAACCCUUAGCCGAGCCCGCUGGCACCCCUAUGCUGCCCGGCCUCAGCCAAGAGUCAGGUUCUCUCCCUUGAGAAAUAACUGACUGGUUGUCCACGCAGUGUGCUGGCGGCAGCAAUGAGCACCGCGCUGCCAGGCGUAGCGCUAAAGCGGGUGGUUUCUCGGCGAAAAGGUAUGACUACACAAAACAUGGAGUAUUCAACAACAACCCUGUUCUUGAAACCAAGAAACAAUACAGCAGACUUUGCUGAAAGUCUUUUAGAAGACAAUAAUAUACAUGUGAAAGAUGAGGCUGUAGCUUUCUUGAAUGAUGAUGUAAAACAUGAAGAGACGUCUACAAAUGAAGUUGAUAAUCAAAGGGAAGACAAGAAUAAUCCAGUACAUGCAGGCUUCUUUGGGGAUGACGAACCGAGUCAAGGAUAUAAUAUCACUGGUAGCAAUAGAACCUCACCUCAAGACAGUUCUAUUGACCAAGCCUCAUGGGACCUUCAAGCCCAGGAGGAUGAGCUUCGGGAGUUGGGCAUUGAUGUGGUGGACCAGGUGUCGUUGGAGCGCCAUGUUGAAGCAGCUGUUGAUAAAGCAGUUGCAACACAUGCUCGCAAACAGAAGCUUCAAAUCCUCAAAAGGGAAAUCAAAGAUGUCAAAAUGGAAAGUAAGAGUGCAGAAAACAAGAUGCUGGCACUGAAGAACAGAUUAUCAGGUAUGCAGCAGCGUGUUGUGGACCCUCGUAUGUAUUUUAAGGUUGAAGAAGAUAUAAACAGCAAAGCUCAGCAAUUGAAGACACUCAGGGUACGAGAAAAAAAUCUAGAGCAGAAACUUGCAUCAGCUGAGAUGAAUGCAGAAGAGCUUGAUGAUCUAGAGUUGGAAGAUGGAGAAAUUUUAGAGGAAGAAGAAGAAACUGAAGAAAUGGACACAAAGGAUGAUGAUGAAAGAGAAAAGCUUAUUCGUGAAGGACAGAUGACACCAUUUGGAACCACCUCCAAUGCUAGCAAGACUGUAUCAUUUCCAAGACCAAGUAAGAUUUGCACAGAAAAGCAUCUGUCUGUGGAAAAAAAUAAUUCUGCUGUGAAAUCUAAAAGAGAAAUGAUAAGCUGUGGAGAAAUGACACCAUUUGGCACCAUCUUGGACUCAGCUGACACUUCAAAGAGGGUUUCAGAUACACAGUGUGGAGCUAUUGGAAAGUUUGAACAAUAUCUCCAAGAUCAGUUCAGCCGACAAAAGCAGCAUAGUGGAUCGAGUAAAGGUGCUUCUCGUGUAAAGUCUUCUGGUGACCCCAGCUAUGGUAUUCCAAAGAAAAGAAGGAAGAAGCUGAAAGAGUAUGUUGGAGUAGAUUAUAAUGAAAAUGACAACCAUAGUAAUCUGGAUUCAUUUAAAAAGGAAGAAAAAAUAAAGAAAUCCAAGAAAAAAGAUCCUCUCAAAAAACACAUUCUUCAUCCUAAAAAAAGGAAGACUGAAAAAGUGAGUGGUACUGUCACAAGUGCAUUAGAAUCAGAUCAGUUAAAACUGCCUCCACGUAGAUUGUUAUCAGAACGUGUGAGCUUUGAAGGAAGUGAUAGUGAAUAUUCAGAUAAUCAAGAUAGAGAUUCAGAGUAUUUACCAUCUGAUUAUGACAGUGCUAAUGUGAUAGAAAGUGAAAAUGAUGAGAACUUUGAAAGUGAAAGUAUUGGUAAGAAAAGAAAAUAUAUUUUGAAAAAAAGAAACAAGAAAAAGAAAGAAGACAGUGAUGAAAUGUCAUCUGAAGAUGAUAUUCCUAGAGUGAAACAGAAGAAUAGAAGAUCAAAAGAUGAUGGAAACAUAGCUGAUUAUAUGAAAAGAAUUGAAACUUGGAAAAAAGAGAGGUUGAAAAAAAAACAAGAUAAAAUUCUCAAAGGAGAAGACUUAGAUUCAGAAGAGGAGGAGGAGCAAGGCUAUGAGCAGUUUACAGGUGGCUACAAGGUACCACUGCUAGUAUGGAAUAAACUCUACAAAUACCAGAAAACAUGUGUGAGGUGGUUGUGGGAACUGCAUAGUCAAGGAUGUGGAGGCAUUUUGGGAGAUGAAAUGGGCCUUGGUAAAACUAUCCAGAUUAUAUCCUUCUUAGUAGGACUUUCGUAUUCAGGUCUGUCUUACCGAAGACAGAGGUGGAAGGGUUUAGGACCAGUCUUGGUGGUGUGUCCUGCUACUGUUCUCCAUCAGUGGGUGAAAGAGUUUCACACGUGGUGGCCUCCCUUCAGAGUAGCUGUUCUACAUGAAUCUGGCUCAUUUACUGGUACAAGACCUGCCCUUAUCAGCAACAUUAGUAGCCAUAGUGGGAUAUUAGUUACUUCCUACACUGGUGUUCGGGACCAGCUGGAAACGUUACUUCAGUAUGACUGGCACUACAUUGUUCUUGAUGAAGGUCACAAAAUCCGCAACCCAGAAGCUCAGAUUACAGUUGCUCUGAAGAGGUUUCAUACCCCACACAGACUGAUUCUCUCUGGCUCACCAAUACAGAACAGCUUGAAGGAACUCUGGUCACUUUUUGAUUUUGUGUUCCCUGGAAAGUUGGGAACAUUACGUUUUUUACAACAGUUUGCAGUCCCCAUUACACAGGGUGGUUAUGCCAAUGCUACUAAAUUGGAGGUCCAGACUGCAUUCAAAUGUGCUUCUAUGCUUCGAGAUACUAUCAACCCUUUCUUGUUGCGCAGAAUGAAGAAUGAUGUAAGGAGUCAUUUAAGUUUGCCUGACAAGAAUGAACAGGUCUUGUUUUGUAGUUUGAGUGAUGAACAACGUAAAAUCUAUUCAGAGUACAUUGCUGGUGACCAAGUGAAAGCCAUCAUGGGAGGUCGAGCAAAGGUAUUUGUUGGAUUAAUCAAUCUUCGGAAGAUAUGCAACCAUCCAGAUUUAUAUACAGGAGGCCCUGUUGGUGAAAACUCGACCUGGAACUCCGGCCUUCAGCUUUGGUCCUCUCAGGGUCAUAGAGUCUUACUCUUCACUCAGUCUCGCCAGAUGAUGUGCAUUCUUGAAAAGUUUUUGAUGGACGAAAGUUAUUCCUACCUCAGAAUGGAUGGGACUACAACAGUGGCCUCCCGCCAGCCUUUGAUUAACAAGUUCAACAGUGAUCCUUCAUACUUUGUGUUUCUUCUCACCACCCGUGUCGGAGGCCUUGGAGUAAACUUGACUGGAGCUGACAGAGUUGUGAUAUAUGACCCUGAUUGGAAUCCCUCAACAGAUUCUCAGGCCAGGGAGAGGGCAUGGAGGAUUGGCCAGUUGCGCCAUGUAACCAUUUACAGGUUACUAAUGGCUGGUACUAUUGAGGAGAAGAUCUACCAUCGACAAAUCUUCAAGCAGUUUCUGACCAACCGUGUCUUGAAAGAUCCUAAGCAGCAAAGAUUUUUUAAAACCAAUGAUCUUUAUGAGCUUUUUUCUCUGACUGAGGGUGAAAAAGAGAAAACAGAAUCAUCUGCCAUUUUUGCUGGGACAGGUUCAGAAAUAAAACUUGGAGUGAAAAAGAAGAAAAAAAGUGAGCAAAGUGAGGAAGGAAAUCUUGAUCAACAUGGAAAUAGAGAAGCUUGUAAUAAGGUGGAGGUGAGCUCUUUGCCUAAAGGUAGAGUAUUUGGAAAUGAUAAUCCAACAAACAAAACACAAAAUAAGAGCCACAAAAGAAAGAAAAGUACAAGUAGUGCUGUUUCAGUUGAAAAUGUAGAUAAAGAUAGUGCACAAGUAGGUCUUAACCAAGUGGAGAAAAUGAAGGAACUUGCAAAACUCAUCAGCAAAAAGAUUGGGAGCACAAAAACAUCACAUGUUGAACCUGUAGACUCCAUCCAUUUAGACUCCUCACUGAAACAGGAAGGUAAAGCUGAUAUUACAGGUUUGGAUUCCUUACCCAAAGCAGAAGGUAAAGAUGGUGAUAAAAGCUCUAGUAAUGUAUUACCAAAUGAUGAUGUGGAAAUAAAAAUGAGUGAAAACAACAUGGAUGAGGUAAAACCAGGAAAACCUGUAGAAGAUUUCAAAAUCAGUAAACCAUAUGCUGUGGAAAAAAUAGCAGAUAUGAAAUUUUUUACAAAGACAGAAAUAUCUGGUAUAGAAGAUUUGCCAUUUUCAUGUGAAGAUGUAUCAGAUCAGCAAGGACAGGAAGAGAGAUUUACAAAGCUUGCAAAUCCUGAUAUAUGUUUGAAAAGCAAUGAAGAAAAAUCAAAGCCUUCAAAAAGUGUACUUUUUUCAGCAUUAAGUUUAGGAAUUUAUGAAGGAGAAAGAAGCAAGUAUCAAGAAAUGCAUUCAGACAAGUUUGAAAUAAAUAGUGAUUUGAAUACAGAACAGAUUAAGCAUAGAGACAAACAUAAGAAAAAAAACAAAGAUAAAAGCAAGGAAGAACACAAAGAACAUCAUAAGAAAGGGAAAAAGUUUGAAGGAAUGCGCAUUGAAUAUUUAGCAAAGAAGAGAAAAUAUAAAAAAACAGAGCAAGAGGAAAUGGAAGAAAAAGAGCUUUCAAAGUCUCAGGACCAAUAUGUUUUAGAAAAACUCUUUAAAAAAUCAGGUAUCCAUGGUGCUCUCAGCCAUGAUGUCAUUAUGAAUAAUAGUGAUCCAGACUACCUGCUGGUGGAAGGGGAAGCUGAGAGAGUGGCCAAGGAGGCUCUGAAGGCUGUGAGAGCUUCUCGAACACGGUGCUUUAGGCCUCUGCCCAUAGAAAGUAAACCAUCAUCUCUUGGAAAAACUACACCUAAAUUUGGGAAAAAUAAGAACCAGAUAUUCAAGGAAGUCACUUACAUGGGAGGUAAUAAGAUGAAGGAUGGAAGUUAUAAGGAACAGAAAAUUCCUAUGUUUAGUGGAGGAUUUGAGGAGGUGAAAGAUAAUGAGUUAAAAGAUUCCACUGAUUUGAAGGAAGGCAGUGAGAGCAAGCUGAACACUGUUUUAAGUAAUGAACAAGGUGUGGGAUCAAGUGGUAUCCUUUCAUCAUGUCAGUUGCUCUCCCGCAUGCGACAGAGAAACAAGGGGAUUGCUCUUGAAUCUGAGAAUGAGGAAGAGGAUGAUUAUGAUCCUGAUUAUCCAUCUACAGCACCAGUGGAUGAGGAGAGUUUAGAACCUGAAGUACAGGAAAACAUUGACCUCUUAGCUGACAUUAGAAAUUUUGUAGCAUUUCAGGCAGAGAUUGAUGGGCAAGCUAGCACUCAGGAAAUAUUAUCAAGAUUUCAGGAACGUUUGCCAGCCAGCCAAACUCCUUUCUUUAAAGCUCUCCUCACUCAAAUUUGUGACUUUCACAGGGAUAACAGUGGCAAAGGUAUUUGGUCCUUAAAAGGGGAAUUUAGGUAAUAAAUAACUAAUGAUAAAAAUGCAAGAGAAAUUUUCAUUUGCCUCAUACUGUUAGAGAUAAUAGAAAGUCAUUGUGUUUUCUCUUAUGUAAACAUUUUUGUUGCAAAUAUAAAUGGGGACAUAAUGAAAAAGAAAAGAAAAAGGUUUGUGAAAGCUUUUGUCAUCUUGUUUUGCAUAAACAGAUUAUGAGAGUGAUUUCCAAUCUGUUUGUUCUGUAUUGCAGAUUAUGGAUGUUUGUAGUGUUAUGUGUCCCUGCAUCUCAGGAACUUGAUUUAUUUCAUAUAUUUUUAUACAUGCCUUGUACAAAAUAUGGUAUUACAUAGCAAAUGUUUAUAUUAGUACAACUUUAUACCAUUCUGUAAAGAAGGUCAUGAAUAUUCAUGGAACUUCGUUCAUUGAUAGAUUAAUAUAAGACUAAUAGUUUCAUCAGGAUUCACAUUUAUCACAGAACUGGUCUUCUUUCAAAGUAGCAUGGCAUAUUAUAAAGAACAGUUACCCAAAGUACAGAUUUUUUAUUUUUUUUAUAUUUAUUUAUUUAUUUAUUUUUUUUUUUUUUAUCUUUUACCUGAGUUUGUUUGUGGGUAAGCAAAAUUAAUUUGCAAUACUAUUUCUAUUUCCCUCUCAAAUCAUCAUCUUUUUCCUUUUUGAGACCUAUAACUUGUUCUUUGGAAGAUGGAUGCUAAACUGUGAGGAUUAAAUAUGGCAUCCAGGGAUUUUUCACAGCCAAGUAAGAUUCUCCUUCUUGUAAAAUUGAUAACUUAAUUUCUUUUUUGAAGAGUAAUAUGAUAUUGAUAUACAGUUAGUAUUUUGUAGUUUUUGGUAGUCAUUUAGUCAGUUAUUAGUGUUCUGUAUUCCACAAAAUUUUGGGGUCUAUGUGGUCUUAUACAGUACUUCAUGCUGCAUCAGUGUAUCACUGUCUUGAAUAUUGAGAACCGACCAAUGAUAAAGAGUAUUACAACAUGAUUUUAUUAAAUACGAUGAUGUCAUCUGUGAUAAUAAAUUUUUUUUUACUGAA